CACAAGUCGAAACCGUGAGAGCGAGCGGAGAUCCACUUCUCUGAAAUUUGAAAUUUCACUUCCCCGCGCUUUCUCGGUUCCCAAACACCGGUAAUCGCUUCACUACUUCUUCUUUCGACUUCUUUUGUUAAUUCAAUUUCUGCAUUUCUGUGUUUGAUCGCCGAGAAACCCAAGGAAAAACAACAGAAAACUUGAUUCAGUGUGAAAAUUCGCUUGUUUUGCAUUAUUUGAUGUAGAUGGAGUCUUUGUACGCGAAGCUCUUUGAGAAAUACGAUAAAUUGAAGAAGAAAAAAUUCACUGAAUUUGAAGAAAUUAACAAAGAUCAAGAAUUGAAGUUUGUAAAUUAUGUGACUGCUGCAGAAGAGUUGAUAGAAUACUUGAGAAAUGAUAAUGAGCAGCUACGUGCUCAAGUUAACAACUUGAGAACUGAAUUGGACACCAUCAGGUGCACGAACAAUGAACAAGUUGUUGAGUACCAAAAACUUUUAAUGGAAGAGAACCAAAAGAAUAAAGCUCUGUCUGAAGAAGUUGAGAGGCUCCAAAAGUUUUAUCAAGAGAGAAUUUCUUCAUGCUCAAAGGAUGACAAAAAUGAUAACAUGCAGCUGAAUACUCCUAAAGGUGCCCAAACUGUAUCUGGAAAGUUGCCUACUGGCUCCUCCAAAAGAAUGAAAAGAAAGCGUAGCAGUGAAAUUAGGACUGAGAGAGAAGGUACAGUUAUGCCUAGUUGCAGUGGCCAAGAUGAUGCCAUUGCAGGAGAAUCAAUGAAGGAUUUAUCAAAAGAAACUGUGUCCAGUGGAGGUUUUGUAUAUGAUCGGCUGCCAGAAUGUUGCAAAAGAACUAUUGACAGAUCAGGUGAUGUAAAUGACAGUGGUUGUCCUAACUGUCUGUUUCAAGCUCUCGUUGAGUACCUAGUCGGCAUGAAAGUAUCUGCACUUUCUCAAACUGAUGGAAUAUGCAUUUCAGCUCUGCAUCAAUCAAGUGGUUACUCAUUCAGUCUAACAUGGGUAGAAAAUGCAGCCGGGAAGGAAUCAGAGCUGCUCUACCGUGUAGUAUCUCUCGGAACAUUUGAGAGAGUAGCGCCCGAGUGGAUGAGGGAGGUCCUAAUGUUCAGUAUGAGCAUGUGUCCGAUAUUUUUCGAGAGGAUAGCACGUGUGAUCAAGCUACAUAACUAAGAGUUCUCCCUUUCUGACUGUUGUGAUCAAGCUAAGAUUUCUUGCUGUUUUCUGAUUUAAAAUUUCUCUUCAAAUUGACAACUGCUGAGUUGUGACGAGCUGCUUUUGAUAGGCUCUUGUAUAUCUUGUUUUAGGCAGACAUUGAAACCUUCCAAUCAAUGUCUACUUGCUCGAUUAGCGUCUUCACUUGUGAAUCUGAAAACACGGUAUGUAAUUAAAUUGUUUAGGGUUUGUUGGUAUGGUGUUUGAUACUUAAACU